AUGUCAUAUCGUGGGCCUAAUCAAUUUCAAAAUCAAUUUCCACAUCAACAAGUACCACCACAUGCAAAUAUAGGACCAAUAUCAAGUUCAAAAUCUCCAUUAGAAAAUUUUGAAGUUUAUAGUAAAAAAAUUGAAGAUUUAAUUGAUGAAUAUUUUCAACCUUUAAAACCUUAUGUACCUGCAAUUGGAAGAGCUUUUUUAGUUGCAACAUUUUAUGAAGAUACUGUUAGAAUUUUUACACAAUGGAGUGAACAAGUUUAUUAUUUACAUAAUUAUAGACAUUAUUGGAGAUGGUUAACUAUUAUAUUUUUAAUAAAUAAUAUGUUAAUAAUGACUAUUGGUUCUACUUUAGUUAUUGCUAGAAAAAAAAUCAAUAUUGCUACUAUUGCUUUAAUAUUUGUUGUUAUUAUCCAGGGGAUUGCUUAUGGAUUAUUAUUUGAUACUCAAUUUAUUUUAAGAAAUUUAAGUGUUGUUGGAGGUUUAGUAUUAGCUUAUAGUGAUACUAUAGUAAGAGAUAAAAGAUCAUUAAAUAUGCCUGGAUUACCAAUGUUAAAUAAUCAAGAUAAUAAAAAAUAUUUCUUGUUAGCAGGUAGAUUAUUAUUAGUCUUAUUAUUUUUAGGAUUUGUUUUUUCAUCAGGUUGGUCAAUUGGUAGAUUAUUUAUAAUAUUUGUUGGAUUAUUAUCAUGUACUUCAAUUAUUAUUGGAUAUAAAACAAAAUUUGCAGCUGCUGUAAUGUUAACAUUAUUAUUUAUUUAUAAUUUAUUUACAAAUCAAUUUUGGCUUUAUGAUUCAAGAGAUGCAAGAAGAGAUUUCUUAAGAUAUGAAUUUUUCCAAAUUUUAUCAAUUGUUGGAGGUUUAUUAUUGGUUGUUAAUGCAGGAGCUGGAGAAUUUUCAAUAGAUGAAAAGAAAAAGAUUUAUUAA